AUGGAAUUGGAUGCAUCGCGUUUGGACCUGUGGAACUACUUAUUAUUUUUCGUCGAAACACUUCUGAAUAUAGCAUUUCUGCCAGUUUUCGUCCUUUUGUCCUAUAUUUGCGUUUCCCAAAAGAACCUCCACGUGAAUUUCAGGUCGACAUUGUUUGUCACUGGAGUCGGAUUUUCAAUUGGAGCAGUCGACCGAAUUAUCCUUGUUACUGUUAGAGUAUGCUGCAUAGCAAGGAGGAAUGACGCCAUUGUGGACGAGCUAUCUGUGCUCAAAUGGUGUGCUUUGUUUUUGUCAUUAUUUGGCAGCGUUUCUGUGGUCAUGGAAAGGGCUGUUGCUACAGUACUCUGUAACUCGUAUAGACGAAGAUGUACCGGCUUCACCGCUGCUAUGACGUUGUGUGGCAGCAUU